AUGGAUAUCGGCGAUGAGGGUUCGGCUUCGGAUUUUGCGGUGCCAGCGGGCCGAAUCCGGAAACGGCGCUUCUCGAGUGCGCGGAUUCAACCGGUAAGCUUUAAUCUUGUGAAUUUUGUUGAUUUAGAAGUGAAAUGUGUCAGUUUUCAACCAAUUUUCGCAGUUUCGAGAGGGUUUUUGAUAGUUUUUUGAGCGAAAAUGUGCUGUUUUUUGCUGUUUAUCGUGUGGUUCUGUUGCAGACGCGGAUCAAAAAGGUAAUGCAAAGUGAUGAGGAGAUCGGGAGGAUGGUUCACUCCGUUCCCGUCGCCUUGGGAAGUGCUAUGGAGCAUUUCGCGGAGAAACUGUUGGAAUGUGCGGCUCAAAGCGUUCAGUUCUCGUCGGCUCGCACUCUGACACCAUCGCAUAUGUGAGUUGGAUCUUGUUGUUUUCUAUUUGUGUGUUUAGACGGUUCGCCAUCAUGAAGAAUCGACAUUUCGCAUUUUUGGAUGAUCUCACCAAGGAAAUACCUAUGCUCAGGAUUAACGCUGAAUCCGAUGGCUUUCCAGAAGUUGCCGUUUCGUCCGGUGAGUCAGAUUUCGGAGUUUAUAGUAUUUAAUGUUUAGGAGAAGUGAUUUCGUUUAAUUAGCAGGAACUUUUCGGUGUGUAUAUAGUUAUAUUUCCUGAGUUAACAAUUUCAAGUGGUAUUUUCCUUGAAAUUAUGGAUUUUUUGACGAUCUUAGGGAAAUUCUUGCGUUGCGUUUGCAAAUACUGUUGAAAUAGGUUCUCCGAUUCGUUUUCCAUUCAAUUAACAAGAUUUUAGGUAACAUUUUGUAAAAAAAGUAGUGGUUUUACAAACAUAAUAACAUUUUCUCUAUUUUUUGCUUUUGUUGUGAAUAAUGUCCUCUUUUCCAGGUGCAAGCCAAUACAAUCCCGUACCCACAUUGCAACGCCGAGAUAAUUUGGGCGCUCUCCCUCUCAACUCUCUUCCAGUUUCAUCUCAAUCAAAUUCUGAUCUCAAUCCAACUUCGCUGAUAUCUCAAAAAUCGUGCACACCAAAACAACCGUCUUAUCAACAACAACAACCCAGUACCGCCGCUUCAGGGGAUGAACAACAACCCGUCAAGAGGAAACGCGGUCGGCCUCGCAAAGAUAAAAGUGAUAGGUAACUUCAAGUUUGACGUAUUUUUAGUUACCUAUUACCUUAAUCUGUACUUUGUAACUUUAAAUGGUAAAAUCUUUAGCUAUUUUUAUGUUUUUUCUGUAUUUUUGUUAGUUCUUCAAAUAACUUUUCGUUUGGCUUAAAACAGAGUAAGGGGAAUUUGAAAGAUUUUCUACACAUUUUUUUUAAACGUGGGGAUCGUAGAAUGUAAAUUGACCGAGAAUCUUUCAUUUUCUUCUUACGAACAUUUCGAUUUCAUAUUCAUUUUUUAGAAAUUUUUCCGUUUUGUUACCUAAAACUUGCACUUUUGCAGAUUCUUGGACUCAAGUGAAAACUCGGUGACAUCUCCACUGACUCCGAUCUCGCCAGCCAAAACUGACCUGGACAAAGUGCUGAUGCCUCCACCGUCGAUACCAUCCGGUCGGUCUCGGCGCACUUUCCUCAGGCCGGGAUCGACAGAAGCCACCGGUUCGUCGCCGCCUUCCAAUCCGACAACUUUGACGGCCGUUUAG